AUGAACAGGAAUGUGCAGAGAAAUGCAGUUAUAACAAGAUUGAUUGUGUUUUUGGUAGGGGUGGUUUGCAUAGCUGAAGUUGGCGUGUAUGUGCUUGCAUCCAAAGCAUCUGGGAAGAAGAGUGAUGAAUCAGCACAUGUGCAGAAGAGUAAAGCAAAUCCUUCUUGCACGAGUACAAAGAAGCAAGAGAGAAGUGCUGCUGAAAAAACUGUACCAGAAAAAGAGCUUGGCGCCAACAACAAAAAAGAUGAUCCUGUAGUUGCUCAGGUGGUAGAAACAAACUCGCAGGGCGCGGAGGAAACGCAUGCCACUGCAGUUGUGCAUAAAGAGCCUUACCAGGGCGCCCUACCUUUUAAUACGAUCAGAGACCCUCAUAUAUCUCUAGAAGGUGAGGAAUCAACCCACCCAGAUACUGCAGCUGUAAAUUUGGGUGCGCUGUAUGAACUUCCAAGUAUCUAUGCAUACGUAGAAGCACAAAUCGAUCGUGCUAUACACACUGCGUAUGCAGACUUACCUACUCUGUCUGAAAUACCAGAAGAUAAAAAGCCAUCUGCUGAGGAGCACCCACAGAAAAAAAACAGCGAAAGAGAGGCAAAUGCUCUAGCAAACAACAGUAGAGAUGAAUUGGCCUCUCAAGAAAGAAACAUGAAAAUUAAGGCUAUUCGGGAGGAUAUUCGGUAUUACUAUCUAAACAAUGCUGUAUAUAUGGAUGCUGGCCUGUUCCCUGACUACGACGAAAAGAUGGAAAGAAUUGAAACACUUAUCUCAGAGAUAGACGUAUUGGUUGCAAUAAAAAAAGAUAUUGCUCAAGAAGCCAUACUCCAGAUGGACAACCUAAAAACUACAGAGAAAGCCCGAGACUCCUCAAAAGAGCGCUAUGUGCAGUAUCUAUUUGAUCUAGCCAAACUUCAAAGUAUCUGCAUUGCCAUUAUGGAGAAAGACUCGAGUAUUCUAAACAAAAUGGUUGAAAGAGAGGGGCUACUUUGUUUGGUAAGAAAGAUGGAAAUAACGUAUCAAAAGAACACGCCGUACGAUGUAGUUCUAUUAAAGAAAGCGAGAAAACUGCACGAAGAGAACAUGCAGUACAAGGAAGAACUUCUUGUAAGGCUGAAUCGCAUACUUAAACUGCACAAAGUAAGUCUAUUACAAAUAGAAAAAAUUAUAGAUGUGUAUGUAAAAAAUACACAGAAGUGA